AUGCCUUAAUACACAUUUGUUUAGAUGAAAAUGAACGUUUAAGAUUACGACAAGAUCCUGAAGAUAAUGAUAUGAACAGAAUGACACAACCAAGGACACAACAGUCUAUAAUUACUGAAAAUGCAAAUACAAACUCCCAUCAUGAUGAUAUAAAUAGGCAACCUCCUCGAAAUGAAGAUCAACAAAGCAACACAUCACGAUACUGUGCGGAUUUAAUGGCAGCUCUACAAGGAUCAGACCAUUGGGUGUGGGAACAUCUUAAAUUAGAUAAUUCUAAUGUACGAUGCAAAAGUUGUAUUCAAACUUAUAAAAUUGGCAAAAAAAAUAAACUUAUUGAUAUGAUAGUGAUAAUAAAAGCACAUUUAUACCAUAAGCAUGAAAUAUGGAAUAAAGAAGAUCGCUUAAAAUGGGAAAACGAUAAUGACUUGAUAUGGCGAUACUUCGACAAAGUAGGCUUAUACGAAGCAAAAUGUAAAUUUUGUGACCGUUUACUUCGUCAACCAUAUGUACCACUUAUAAAGUCGCAUUUGCAAAGUCAUCAUCAAGAAAUAAGAGCUGGUGUACGAAAAGAAAUUGCGGAUAAAUCUCUAUCGCAAUAUUUCGAAAUUUAUGAGCAAGAUUUUAGUGCACGGUGCAAACGUUGCAAUGUUGAAAUCGGCAUAUAUUACGGAACAGAUGCCUUAAUACAUCACAUUUGUUUCAAAAAGAAUCAAUCAUUAGGAUCUCAACAAGAAUUUGAUGAUAAUGAUAUGAACAGAAUGACACAACAAUCUGCAGCCGAUGAAAAUACAAGUUCACAUGAUAUAAAUAGACAAGUUUCUGGAAAUGAAGAAAAUGAACAAAGUAACACACGAUACUGUGCGGAUUUAAUGGCAGCUCUAGAAGGAUCGGACAAUUGGGUGUCACAACAUCUUAAAUUAGAUAAUUCUACUGUACAGUGCAGAAGUUGUAUUCAAACUUAUAAAAUUGGCAAAAGAAGUAAAUUUAUUGAAAUGAUAACAAUGAUAAAGGCACAUUUAUACCAUAAGCAUGAAAUAUGGAAUGAAGAAGAUCGUUUAAAAUGGGAAAAUGACAAUGACUUGAUAUGGCAAUAUUUCGACAAAGUAAGCUUAUACGAAGCAAAAUGUAAAUUUUGUGAUCGUUUACUUCGUCAACCAUAUGUAUCACUUAUAAAAUCGCAUCUGCAAAGUCAUCGUCAAGAAAUAAGAGCUGGUGUACGAAAAGAAAUUGCGGAUAAGUCUCUAUCGCAAAAUUUCAAAAUUCAUGAGGAAGAAUUUAGUGCACAGUGCAAAAGUUGCAAUGUUGAAAACGACAUAUUUUACGGAAUAGACGCUUUAAUACAUCACAUUUGUUUUAAAAAUAAUCAAUCUUUAAGAUUUCGACAAGAAACUGAUAAUAAUGAUGUGAACAGUAUGACACAACAAUUCAUAGCCGAUGAAAAUACAAGUACAAGUUCACAUCAUGAUAUAAAUAGACAAACUCCUAGAAAUCGAGAAAAUAAACAAAGUAAUACAUCGCGACAGUGUGAGGAUAUAACGGCAGCUCGACAAAGAUCAGACAAUUGGGUGUGGAAACAUGGUCUUAAGUUAAACAAUUCUACUAUACGGUGCAAUAUAGAUAAAUGUAAUCAAACUUAUUAUAGUAAACAUAAAAAUGUAAGUAUAUUGAUAAAAUCGAUGAAAGUACAUUUAUAUCAUAAGCAUGAAAUAUGGACUGAAGAAGAUCGCUUAAAAUGGGAAAACAACAAUGACUUGAUAUGGCAAUAUUUUGACAAAGUAGACUUAUACAAAGGAAAAUGUAAAUUUUGUAAGAAUUUUCGUCAUGGAGCAUAUAUACAAAAUCUAAAGUCGCAUCUGCGAAGAAAGCAUAGUGAAGAAAUAAAAGCUGCUAUACAAAAAGAAAUUUCAUUUAAGUCGCUAUCGCAAUAUUUUGAAAUUCAAGAGGAAGAAUUUAGUGCACGAUGCAAACGUUGCAAUGUUGAAAAGGACAUAUUUUACGGAACAGAUGUCUUAAUACGUCACAAUUGUUUUAAUAAGAAUCAACGUUUAAAAUCUCGACAAGAACCUGAAGAUAAUGUGAACAGGAUGACACAACAAUCUAUAGCCGAUGAAAAUACCAGUACAAGUUCACAUCAUGAUAAUAUAAAUAAACAAGCUCCUGAAAAUCGAGAAAAUGAACAAAGUAACACAUCGCGACUCUGUGCGGCUCGAAGAAGAUCAGACAAUUGGGUGUGGAAACAUGUUGUUAAAUUAGACAAUUUUACUGUAAAGUGCGAAAUAGAUAGUUGUAAUAAAACUUAUUAUGAUAGUACUAAAAAUUCAUGUAGAACGAUAAGAAUGAUAAAAGGACAUUUAUACCAUAAGCACAAAAUAUGGACCGAAGAAGAUCGUUUAAAAUGGGAAAACAACAAUGACUUGGUGUGGGAAUAUUUUGACAAAAUAGACUUUUACAAAGGAAAAUGUAAAUUUUGUAAGAAUAUUCGUCAUGAAGCAAAUAUACAAAAUCUAAAGUCGCAUUUGCGAAAAAAACAUAGUCAAGAAAUAAGAGCUGCUAUACAAAAAGAAAUUGCAUAUAAGUCGCUAUCACAAUAUUUCGAAAUUCAAGAAGAAGAAUUUAGUGCACGGUGCAAACGUUGCAAUAUUGAAAAGGACAUAUUUUACGGAAUAGAUGUCUUAAUACGUCACAAUUGUUUUGAUAAGACUCAACUUUUGAAAUCUGGACAAGAAUCUGAAGACAAUAAAAUGAACAGAAUGACACAACAGUCUAUAGCCACUGAAAAUACAAACUUCCAUCAUGAUGAUAUAAAUAGGCAAACUCCUCGAAAUCAAGAUCAACAAAGCAACACAGGAAUAAAUAAUUUAAGAUCUGACUCUCAUUAUCAUAUAAAUAAAAAUUCGAGAUCUAAAAAAGGAGAUGCUGCAGAUAAUAGCGAGUAUAUGAUGCAGCAAGACGUAGCAGCAGAAAAUAUGGCUACACAUUAUCAUCAUGAAAGUACAUAUUGGCAUGAUCUUGAAAAUCAAGAUCAACAGAGUGAAUGUAUAUCAAGUUCUGGAGGAAAUAACACGAAUAACGUAGUAUUCCUUGCUCAUGAUGUUUCGGAUGUAAGUUCUCAUCAUGACGAUACAAACUGGCAAGCUCUUGGAUAUCAAAUAGAUCAACAGAGAAUUGUGCAGCAAGACGUAGCAGCAGGAAAUAUGGUUACACAUUAUCAUCAUGUAGGUACAUUUUGGCAUGGUCUUGAAAAUCAGGAAAAUCAACAGAGUUCUGAAGGAAAUAACACGAAUAACACAAUAUUCCUUGCUCAUGAUGUUUCGGAUGUAAGUUCUUGUCAUGAUGAUACAAACUGGCAAGAUCUUAGAUAUCAAAUAGAUCGACAGAGAAUGAUGCAGCAAGACGUAGCAGCAGAAAAUAUGGUUACACGUUAUCAUCAUGUAGGUACAUUUUGGCAUGGUCUUGAAAAUCAAGAUCAACAGAGUUCUGAAGGAAAUAACACGAAUAAUACAGUAUUCCUUGCUCAUGAUGUUUCGGAUGUAAGUUCUCGUCAUGAUGCUACAAAUUGGCAAGCUCUUGGAUAUCAAAUAGAUCAACAGAGUUCUGAAGGAAAUGACAUGAAUAACAUAGUAUCCCUUGCUCGUGAUGUUUCGGAUGUAAGUUUUUCUCAUGAUGGUACAAACUGGCAAACUCUUGGAUAUCAAGUAGAUCAACAGAGAUUUCAAGAAGGAACUAAUGUUAGUAACGUGCACAGAAUGCAUCAAUUCGUGGCAGCAGAAAAUGUGACUACAAAUUCUCAUAAUGACGGUACAACUUUGCAAGCUCCUGGAAAUCAUAAAAAUCAAUAA